GUCUCCACGGCGAUUUUCAGCGUUCCUGAAUUGUCCUGCCUGGAGGGUCCAGGAAAUCUGCCCUGUUGGGGGCGUGUCCCAGCCGACUGGGUGCGGCCGCCCCGGAAAUGACGUGAUGCCCCGCUGGCCGUGCGGAAGUGGAGAUGGCGGAGCUGUAUGUGAAGCCGGGCAACACGGAGCGCGGCUGGAACGAUCCGCCGCAGUUCUCCUAUGGGCUGCAGACCCAGGCUGGCGGACCCAAGCGCUCGCCUCUCACCAAGAGGGUCGCCGCUCCCCAGGAUGGAUCCCCCAGAGUCCCUACCUCAGAGACAUCUCCUGGGCUCCCCCCAAUGGGGCCUCCACCUCCUUCAAGUAAGGCUUCCAGACCCCCCCAAUUUGUGGGGAGCUGUCCUCCCUCCAGAACGGAGCCCAUGGAUUCCCCAGUCGUUGAGUCUGAGACUCGGCUGGAAGAUGUACUGAGACCUUUGGAACGGGCAUUGGAGGACUGCCGUGGCCACAUAAAGAAGCAGGUAUGUGAUGACAUCAGCCGACGCCUGGCUCUGCUGCAGGAACAGUGGGCUGGAGGGAAGCUGUCAAUGCCUGUAAAGAAGAGGAUGGCUCUGCUGGUGCAAGAGCUUUCAAGCCACCAGUGGGAUGCAGCAGAUGACAUCCACCGCUCACUCAUGGUUGACCAUGUGACUGAGGUCAGUCAGUGGAUGGUGGGAGUUAAAAGAUUAAUUGCGGUAAAGAGGAGUCUGUUUUCAGAGGAGGAGGCCAAUGAAGAGAAAUCCAUAGCCACAGCUGAGCAGAACCAAACUGUACCAGGCAUCCAGCAUGACCUGUGAUCCUGUGGGUUCCCCAGACUCAUCUCACACCAUCUCCUGUGCCUUGGCAUGGAAGGCUUCUCUAACUUGACUCCUUUUUACCACUGGGAAGACGGUCUGCCCAUGGGAAACUCUGGCCUGACCCGUUUCUGGGGGAAGAGGUCUCACCUGGACCACAACGAGGUUGCUUUAUCAUACCAUAUGCAUUUCAAUAAAAACAUCUCAAUAUA